GAAGCCUGCGGUCGCAAUCGGAUUCAGUUCGCCGGCAUCGGUUCGACUAAUUAGUCCGUCAAUUUAAAGCAAAGCGCUCGCGGAUCGUUUGCCGUUCACAAGAUAAUAUUAUAAUAAUACCCUUAUCCGCGUGUAAGGUCGGACAUUGUUUGCAUAUAAAAAACUAGUGCUGGCAUUGCAACAUGGUGUAUGAAACAUCAUAUGGCAGCGGCCUAAAGCCCUUUACUCCCGAUCCAAGUCGAGGGAGCUGGGAAAACCCCACGGACUAUAUCUUUGCCUGUUUUGGAUUAUCUUUGAAACUGGAUGUCUUUGUGGCCUCAUAUUGGUUCUUUUUCGACAUGGGCCUUUUUGGAAUGCUACCGUACUUUGUUUAUAUGGUGAUCUACUUGGUUCCAAUCAUGGUCAUUCACUCGUUUAUGGGUCAGUUCUCUAGCACUGGCUUUAUCUCAGCCUUUCGUCUCUCUCCUUUCUUUAAAGGCAUGGGAUAUGUGAGUUUAUUCCUAACCAUCGCGAUGCUAAUUUACUAUGCUAUUUUUGCUGCUGUACCGCUUCUCUUCAUCUUAAACUCUUUUCGACCCACUUUGCCUUGGAGUUGUGAAGCAGUGAAUGCUUGGCACAAUGACUCCGCUGGGCAAAAGACGGUAUGCAAUUAUUCAAAGAAUGAGGUAGACGUUACUGACUCUGAAAACAUCUCGUAUACUGUACUUCAUGUACCUUCCGUUCUUUACUUUCAAAGUCACUUUGCCAGUAUGAAAGAUGAAAAUUUUCCGGAUACGAAUGCGGACUAUGAACUAUCGUGGAAUUUUGUGAGCAACUUCGUUUUUAUUUGGGCGAUGAUUGCAUUUAUUUUUUAUAAAUUCCCGGAGGCGGCCAAGUUUGGAAAAUUGAUACGUUACAUGGUUAUUGGGACCGUGGCUCUUCUUUUAGUAUGCUUUGUCCGCUUUCUGUUUCUUCCAGGAGCAAUUGAAGGGUUAACAAGAUUUAUGACUCCAAAGGCAUCUGAUAUGGCAAUGGGAAUUUCCUCUACGUUUAUAAUGGUACUACAUGCGUUUGGAGCCGGCUGGGGCAGUGUAAUAGCCCUGUCCAGUUUUAACGGGUUCAAGACUAACAUCAUGUCCUACAGUUGGAUUAUUUCCUUCGGACAGAUUUUCAUUUACAUUAUGUUCGGAAUGGUUUCUUUUAUGCUGGAGCAUUACUACAAAGGUUUCUCAGAAGAUUCUUAUAACACUUAUGUAAUAAACAAUUGGCUGUUGUAUGUGUCAAGUGCUUCUGCCUUGGCCUCAAUGCAUUGGUCGAACCUGUGGACUUUUAUUUACUACACCAUGUUAUUAAUGGCUGCUCUUAUUGUAAUGACAACGCAAAUCUUCACUAUCCUACAAAGUUUGUUUGAUGAAUUUGAGAUUCUUAGAACAAGAAAGCAGGAGGUAACAUUUGGCCUAAUUGGCGGCCUGACUGUCUGCUCCUUUUUCUUUUGCACAAAUCACGGUAUUAGUUCCUUUUCGGCCUUGAGUCUUGAUGCUAUUUUCUCUCACAGUGUGCUACAUUUACUGCUCCUUUUGGUGGUUUUGUGGAUUUACGGCAGAGAACGAUUUCAGCGCGAUAUUGAGUUUAUGUUGGGUCAGCCAUUUGCCUCAUGGAAGAUUUUUAUACUUCGCUUCAUAGCUCCAUUGUUUUUAUUGAUUUGUCUGGUUUCAGGAGCAUUGGCGGCCGUAAUGGAGCACAUUUACUCCGUAGUAUCGGUCCUCAUUAUAUCCAUUUUUUUGGUGGGAUUACCAAUUCUGGCAAUACCUGGCUACGGAUUUUACUACCUUUACCAGAACACGGGCACCUUUUGCGCACGGUUUAGACGCACUUGUCGACCCACCGAUUGGUAUCCGGUUGAGAUGGAGCACCGCCAGCAGUACGAGGAAGCCGUCGGCAACACUGAUAUUACCCACCAGCUUUUCGAGGUCACGGAGGAGGUUAACUAAGUGGCGGUACAAUUACGAAUGUACUUGAAAUUGAAAUAUAUGUAUAGAACAUA